AUGCCUUUCGGCAUUCAUAGUGGCCAGGAAGUAUUCCACAAGAGGAUAGAUGAGCUUUUCCAAGAUCUUGACGGUGUUGAGACUGACAUUGGCGACAUCCUGGUAUGGGGCACUACAAUAGAAGAGCACAACGAAAGGUUGGAGAAAGUUUUGCAGAGAGCAAGACAAAGCAAUCUUAAGCUAAAUCCUGACAAGUGCCAGAUCAGACGCACCAAAGUUUUGUACAUUGGGCAUGUACUUACCAUAGAUGGAGUCAAGCCAGACGCAUCUAAGUUAAAAGCGAAGCAUGGAAUUCAGCGUUUGCUCAGAAUGGUGAAUUAUGUGGCGAAGUUCGCACCACAUGUCUCAGAAGUAACGGCACCUCUACGCGAACUCCUCAAGAAAGAUGUUGCGUGGCACUGGACUGAGCGUCAUGAACAAUAA